AUUCCGUUCCUGUCUAGGCGUUCAUCUUUGAAAGAAGUCGCAGGAUUAGGGUUUCUGCACGCCGGAGAGCUAUCAGGCUUGGAAUCGCAACAAUGGCACCGGUGGAGUCCGUCCAGUGUUUCGGCCGCAAGAAGACGGCUGUGGCCGUCACCUACUGUAAACGCGGCCAGGGCUUGAUCAAGAUCAACGGCUGCCCAAUCGAACUGGUGGAGCCAGAGAUUCUCCGCUACAAGGCUUGCGAGCCGAUCCUCCUGCUCGGCCGCCACCGCUUCAAUGGCGUCGACAUGCGCAUCCGCGUUAAGGGCGGUGGCCACACGUCCCAGAUCUACGCUAUCCGGCAGAGCAUCGCCAAAGCUCUCGUCGCCUUCUACCAGAAGUACGUGGACGAGCAGUCGAAGAAGGAGAUCAAGGACAUCCUUGUCAGAUAUGAUCGCACCCUGCUUGUUGCUGAUCCCAGGCGCUGCGAGCCCAAGAAGUUCGGUGGUCGCGGUGCUCGUGCCAGGUUCCAGAAGUCCUACCGUUAAGAAGUAUCUAUAUCUUUACUUCGCUUUGAUUUACCUAUUUCUGUAAGACGUUUCUGCAGAUGUUUUUGAAAGUAAGUUUGUUUCCGGAUAAUAGUUCAAGUUGCAUUUCAGGUUUUUGGAACUUGGAUGUAGGAUUUUAAACUGACUAUGAAGUUUUGAGAUACUUCGAUUGA